UCGCCCUAACAGGGAGAGAGACGGCAGUGAGGUGAUUUUCACCAUCUUCUUCCUUCGAAGAAAGAAAAACCAGCGGCAGUAACCCUUUCAGCUCCGGCGUAUCCUCUCAUCUUUCCAGUAGCCUCCUCUCCCAUUCACUCCCUCAGUCCCUCUCGCUCAUUCUCCCUCUCCAACGAAACAAACCAAGCGCCAGGGGGCCGACGAGACCACUGUCGAGGGGUUUUCUGGAGAAGUCCACUGUUCAUCGUCUUCUCCCUCCGAAGGCGAACCAGCGGCGGCCGCCUUGAGUUUCUCACCGUCGCACUUCUCCAUAUUCGUUGUUCCCCAUCAGACUCGAUACAGAGGCGGCGAGCCUCCCUCUAAGCGUCUCCUCUCUUUCCCUUGUUACCGAUCUAAAAACUCAUCAUCGUCACUGCAACUUCCCGUAGCGGCGAAAUCCAACCGUUCGUCAGUCGUUUACCAGUUCGAAAAAAAGAUCAGAAACGAUUACCGUUGCAGUAUUCAAUCUCAGGCUAUAUCGACUCUGGAAAUGGAGUGCUACUUCAGGUACUUCUCCGUUCAAGCUGGUAGUACUGGAAGUUUGGAUUCCACCAACACAACAAAGGGCGAAGCUGAAUUUUGAUGGAAGCUCUUACGUAAUCCAGGUCCAUUAGGUAUAGGGGGUGUAUUCAGAGAUGGAGAAGGCAGAAUAAUUACUAUGUACUCAGGUCCAAUAGGAGUGGGAGAUUCUUUGAGAGCAGAGGUCAUGGCUUUGCUUCAAGGGGUUUUCAGAUGAAUCAAUUUUUCAGUCCAUAAACCACUGAAACUCCUACCAAACGCUCCUACUAUUCAAUGCAGCGAGCCUGGAGAAUCUCAGAGGUCAAAGUGGAGCUGCUGCUUCUGCAUAGAUGUUCCCUCACAAAUCCCAAAUCCCUAAUCAAUCCCCUCUACAGGAUUCCAUGGACUCUGAACAACAGAUUUGUUAGGGAAUUCUCCGUUCAGAAACCUUAUUCCUGCAAUGAGAAAAUUUCCAGGCUAAUUGCUUUAUUUGAAAAUAAGCCUCAUUCGUUAGGCAAUAAUACAAUUACUUUAUUAUCAGAGAAGCCCGGUUCAUCAGGCAAAAUCGGCUAUAGAGAAAUUCUACGGAAGAGGGUGUCAAAAUUAGCAGUCAAGUUGGUAGCAGCGGAUGCCGAAGAAGACCCGAAGAGCAUCUCUGGGAAUUUAGAGGCAAAUGAAGCCGUUUCAUUAUUUCAGAGUUAUUCUGAUGGAGAUGCAUUUGUUGAGCUGUUGAGGCAGUUGAGUUCAUUGCCUCGGUUGGCACUAGAGGUAUUUAAUUGGAGGAGGAAACAGGUUGAUAAUGGCAUUCCAAUGGUACUGAAGGAAUAUGUAAAGGGUAUAACCAUUGCUGGUAGAGCUAUGAAUGUUGAUCUUGCCUUGGAAUUAUUUAAUGAUGCUGCUAAUAGGGGAAUUAAAUCAACUUGUACUUAUAAUGCAUUGAUGGGUGCUUAUAUGUACAACGGAUUUGCUGAAAAGGCUCAGGCGGUGUUCCGAGACUUAAAGAGAGAACAAAACUGUAGCCCUAGUGUUGUAACAUAUAACAUGCUUAUUUCAAUUUUUGGUAGACAGAUGAUGGUAGAUCACAUGGAGACAGCAUUCAGUGAGAUAAAUCAGUUGGACCUCUUCCCUAAUGUAAGUACAUACAAUCAUUUAAUUGCUGGAUAUGUUACAGCUUGGAUGUGGGACAAAAUGGAGAAGACUUUCAGGAUUAUGAAGGCGAGCAAUGUCAAGCCUGAUAUUAACACUUACUUGCUAAUGCUUCGAGGGUAUGCACAUUCUGGUGAUUUGGAGAAGAUGGAGAGUAUUUAUGCAUUGGUGAAGGACCAUGUCAAUAAGAAGGAAGUGCCAUUGAUUAGAACAAUGAUAAUUGCUUACUGCAAGAGUUCUGAUAAGGAUAGAGUUAGAAAGAUUGAGGAACUAAUGAAGCUUAUUCAAGAAGAACAAUAUAGACCUUGGUUGAAUGCAAUGUUAAUUAAGGUUUAUGCGCAAGAGAACUUGGUGGAAGGGAUGGACAAUUACAUACACCAGGCUUUCGAGCACAACACUUCAGUUACAACAGUAAAAAUUAUGCGUGCAAUCAUCGCAAAUUAUUUCAAAUGCAAUACGGCUGACAAACUUGAAAAUUUUAUAAGACGGGCAGAAUCUGCUGGGUGGAGAAUAUGUCGGUCCUUGUACCAUUCUAAGAUGGUCAUGUAUUCUUCACUGAAUCGUUUUGAAGAAAUGGAAAAUGUCUUAGAAGAGAUGGGCAGGUUUAACCUUGAUCCUUCGAAGAAAACAUUCUUGAUAAUGUACAAGGGUUACAUGCAAAGUGGGCACAGAACUAAAGUAGCACGUAUACUAGGCAUGAUGUGCAAACAUGGAUUUGAAAUUCCAUUGGAUCCCAUUUCUUCACAUUUCAAAGCAGUGGAGUAAAGUAUACUCAGAAAACCCUUAACGGAAUCUCUUUUUAAUGAAAAUUUGCAUUGGUGUUGGGGUUUUGUCUUUAUGUAAUGUUUGGGGUAAUUCUCCUCACUGAUUGUAAUCCUUUUUUUCUUUAAUUAAUUUUCUUAUUAUAAAAAAAAAUAACAGAACAUUAACAAAUCACAUUGCUGAUGAUUUAGGACAUCUGAGUAGGCAAUUUUGGUUUUUAAAUGAAAGCCAUGUAAGUCUCUGAAUGAUCUCAUGCAUUCCUUCAAAUAAUACUUUCAAGGUUCAAUACAUGUACAUUUUUUGUCAUUUUUUUCCUGAUGCUUAGCAUGGUUAUGCUAAGCAAUAUCUUCUUUGUGAAUAAAGGUAAUCUUUCAAGCAGCAAAUUCUCCAUAA